UCGCAUAGGCAGCCUUCCAUGUGACAUCACAGGUCCUUCAUGACACGUGGCUGCCUGGCCCCGCCUCCCUUCUCUUUCAUCUUUCUCACUGACCAAUGGGCUUCAAGCAUUAAGGCCACGCCCCUAUUCUGCAUUCUAGUGUGGCUCUGGUUACGCCUCCUCUGGCUCAGUCACACAGCUGUGUGGUACGUGACUGGAGGUGUAUCGGUGUACUCAUCUGGAUCAUGCCACUGUGGCCCCAACCCCACUUCCCUCCCCACCCCAUGAUGUCAGAAGAAAACAGAGAGAGAAAAUUGGCUGAGGCCAAGAAAAAGUUUAGAGGCUAUCAUCAGUGGAACAAUGCUGGUGUUGGUACCGGAGGAACCGACACCAGAAAGAAAAUAAAUAACGGCACUAACCCUGAGACAACCACUUCUGCUGGUUGCCAUUCACCUGAGGAUGAAAAGGCGGCAAGCCACCAACAUCAGGAAGCCCUAAGGAGGGAGCUAGAGACCCAGGAUCAUACUAUACGAAUCCUUACGAGUCAGAAGACUGAACUGGAGACAGGGCUCUACUUCAGCCAGGAGGCUGCCAGGAAAUGUGAAGGAGAGUCCAAGGAUCUGGCCGGUCGCCUGCAUCGUUCCUGGCACUUUGCAGGAGAGUUACAGCAGGCUCUGUCUGCUGUGUCCACACAGCACAAGAAGGCGGACAGGUACAUCGAGGAGUUAACAAAGGAGAGGGACGCCCUGAGUCUGGAACUGUACAGGAACACCAUAACCAACGAGGAGCUGAAGGCGAAAAAUGCCGAACUACAAGAAAAACUUCGACUUGUAAAAUCUGAGAAGUCUGAGAUCCAGCUCAACGUAAAGGAGCUAAAAAUGAAGCUGGAGAGGGACAAAAUCCUGCUGCCACAGGUUGAAACCAACACUUUGCAGGAGGAGAAGCUGCGGGAGCAGGAGAAGAAGAUAUGGGAGCAGGAGGAGAAGAUACGAGAGCAGGAGGAGAAGAUGUGGAGACAGGAGGAAAGGCUGUGGGAGAAGGAGAAGGAGCUGCGGGAGCAGGAGAAGCAGAUGCGGAAGCAGGAGGAGCAGAUGUGGAAGCAGGAGGAGAAGAUGUGGAGACAGGAGGAGAGGCUGCGGGAGCAGGAGGAGCAGAUGCACGAGCAGGAGCAGAAGAUGCAGGAGCAGGAGGAAAAGAUGUGGAGACAGGAGGAGAGGCUGCGGGAGCAGGAGCAGGAGCUGCGGGAGCAGGAGCAGGAGCUGCGGGAGCAGGAGAAGCAGAUGCACGAGCAGGAGCAGAAGAUGCGGGAGCAGGAGGAGAAGAUGUGGGAGCAGGAGGAGAAGAUGUGGAGACAGGAGGAGAGGCUGCGGGAGCAGGAGGAGCAGAUGCACAAGCAGGAGCAGAAGAUGCGGGAGCAGGAGGAGAUGAUGUGGAGACAGGAGGAGAGGCUACGGGAGCAGGAGCAGGAGCUGCGGGAGCAGGAGAAGCAGAUGCACGAGCAGGAGCAGAAGAUGCACGAGCAGGAGCAGAAGAUGCGGGAGCAGGAGGAGAUGAUGUGGAGACAGGAGGAGAAGAUGUGGAGACAGGAGGAGAGGCUGCGGGAGCAGGAGCAGGAACUGCACGAGCAGGAGGAGCAGAUGCACAAGCAGGAGCAGAAGAUGAGGGAGCAGGAGGAGAGGAUGUGGGAGCAGUACCAGAGGCUGCGGGCAAAGGAGGAGAGGAUGCAGGAGCAGGAGGAGAAGAUGCAGAAGCAGCAGGAGAUGUGGGAGCAGGAGGAGAAGAUGCGAGAGGAGGAGGAGGAGAAGAUGUGGGAGCAGGAGGAGAUGUGGGAGGAGAUGAUGAUGCGGGAGCAGGAGGAGAUGCGAGAGCAGAUGGAGAAGACGAAGGAGCUGGUGGAGAAGAUGCAGGAGCAGCAGAGGCUGCCAGAACAGGAGGAGGAGCUGUGGAAACAGGAGAAAAUGCAGGAGCAGGAGGAGACGAUACGGGAGCACGAGGAGAAGAUGCGGGGGCAGGAGGAGAAGAUGCGGGAGAAGGAAGAGAGGAUGCGAGACCAGGAGGAGAAGCUGCCAGAGCACAAGGAGAGGUGCUCAGCGCCCUGCGUCCCUCCCUCCAAAGAUCUUUGUGAUACAAGCCACGCUAGCAGCAUGGCGUCUGCGCGAGGAGAGGCUGGGGACGGUUCUCCCCACGACAGCCCCACUGCACAGGUCGUGCAGCUGCCUCGUGGGAUGAAGAACGCCCAGGAGCGCCCAGGCUUAGGCAGCAACUCCUGCAUCCCAUUCUUCUACCGAGGAGACAAGAAGAAGAUGAAGAUCAUCGACAUCUAAGAGCCGGCACUGUCAACAAGGCCUACAGAAGUGUAAGCCACCAUGUCACUGUGUGAAUAUAGUCU